CGGACACCCCGCCACCUUUUCUCCUCCUUCCUCUCCCAGCGUGAACAACACGUCCGGCCCGCCGCGGCGAGAGAGUCCAGCAAGAUGGCAAACGGGAUGACACCAACGACUGGAGGCACCAUCGAGCCCCGCUACGUCUUCUUCACGCCGCCAGGCCUGGCACCGCUGCAGCAGGCCCAGUACCACGCCCAGCAGCAAGGACUGGGGCUGGCGAUGGCGGGGUCGCCGCUGGAGACACAGCGGAUAGCGGCGCAGGCGGCGAUGAGGCGGGGGAUGACGACGUGGAAGGUGACCACGACGAAUGGGAAUGGGGGCGGUGGGGCAUUGCCGACGAUGACAACAACCUCGAUUACGCCAACCCUGCCGUUGCCGCCAACGACAGAGAAGGGAAAGGCGAAAGAGAAAGCGAAGGCUGCGGUCGUGGCCCAACCGCUCCUCGCGACGGGCGACUGGGAGAAGGAUUUGGUGCAGUUAGCAAAGACGGCGGAGCUCAAAAAACACGCAUUGACACUGCAACUGCACACUGCACAUAUACUCUCCGCGCACGCUGCGAUAGACCAGAAGAGUCGGGCAGUCGAGGAUGUGAAAGAGCAGAAGAACAGACUCGAAUCUGAACGCAAACGGCUCAUCGACCUCCUCGCGCAAAUAAACGACGACCGUACUGCCGCAGACUUGCUCGAAACGUCUCUCGAGCGCGAGCGCACACAGCUGCGCAACAAAAUCACAGAGUUGGAGGAAGGAGAGUACAAGGAGGCGCGGGGAGAAGUGGAGAGGCUCAGGAAAGAUUUAGGCCAGCCGCCGUUGCCCAGUUUGAGAGAGAUGGUGGAAGGGUUGGGAAGCGAGUACCUCGAGCAACGACGCGCCGCUGGGCCAAGCGCCGGUCCCGCUCCGCCCGCCGCGAACACCGGCCCGGGGGAGGCUGCUGCCCCUGUCGUGAAGAAGCGGAAACGCGCGCCGGCGAGUGCGCCGUCAGGGGCUGCAGGUGCUGCGACGAGUGGAGAACCUGCUCCGGUAAAACGUCCGCGUGGGCGGCCGCGGAAGAGCGCCCCUGCUGUGCCUCCGCCACCUAGUGGCCAUGGUGCGCAGGGGGUGCCUGUGGGUGGGACAGUGAUGGUGUAG